UUAAGAUAGUAUCUGGUAAUAAGUGAUAACGUCGUAACGCUCCGACGAGUGACAAAUUCCGUUCUUCACUUUUCCGAGACUCCCGAGAUUCAAGACUCCAAACUUGGUGGCCAUUGGGGACACUGAUCGUUAACCCAAACCGUUGACUUCCAAACGCAAUAACUAUUGACUUUGAACACGAAAGAAGAAGCGUUCGACGGACUUCGUAACUCAUUAUUGUGAUUGUUAACAAAAAAAAAAAAAACAAUGACCCUUUUAAAAACAUUUUGGACACCUAUUGUUGUGUAUCCGGACGUGAAAACUGGUUGUAAAUUUGUAGCAGCAUAUACAAUUGCAAUAUCAAUUUUUUUGAUGGCACUUCUUGUUCAUAUGCAAAAUGGAGGCGAAUCAACACAAAUGUAUAAUCCAUUUUUUGAAGCUAAUUUACGUGAACUUAACUAUUAUGUGGUGUACACUUUGAUAUUUUUCGCCUAUAUGGUGGGUUCAUCUCUAUUAUUGCUGAAGGGUUUGAACAACAAUCUCCGAGGAUUUCUAUUACCAUGGUUUAUUGGUAUGGGAUUUGUUGUAAUUUUUUUGCUGGUUUGGUCUAUUUGGCUGCUUUAUGGAUACUAUAUUUAUAUUCACAUAGUAUGUGCUGCUGUAAUUUAUUGGAUCGUGGCUGCUAUGCAAUUUUAUUGCUGGUUAUGUGUUUACACCCAAUACAGAGUGAUCAACGAAAUGCAAUCUCCAAAUAUUGAGCUCCUCAUAUUUUAAUAGGUCAUGGUGUACGUGCACAUUUUAUUAACAUUCUUAUAAAGGAAAUUUUUGUAUUAUGACUAUAAAAAAAUAUUAUUUUUUUUUU